UAUUCGUAUCUUUGCACUUGUAUUCGCAUACAAACAUACAUACAUACAUAUGUACAUGCAAAUGCAGUCAUUUGUUGUUAAUGUGCGUGUUUUUAAUUUGUUUAUUUGUGAUUUGUGAUAUGUGGAAUGACAAUGACAAUGACAACGAUGCAUCUUGAACUUGAGCCACGCCCGCUUUGUGGCGUCAGCGCAAUUGGGCUUAAACGUGGUGAAGGUUAUUCGGCUGCAAGAGUUCCAUUAUAAAAGCCCGUGUAGACAUAUUGGCAGCCACAGAUGAGCGACAAGAUGAUGAUUUACAAUACGCUGCUCUUGUUACUUGCAUUGGCCGGCUGCAGCUGGAUGCAGUGCGUCCGGGCACAGUCGCAAACGCCGGGCUUCGAUCUGAGUCGUCUGUUUGGUGCGCGCAGCAAUGAGCCGCUUUCAAAGCUCAUCGAUCGCAAUUUGCCAGAGGUUCAGGAGAUAAUUGACCGCACCAAAAAUAGGUGCCUCAAGCAGCUGCAGAUGUCGGCGUCGCAGCGCUCGCUGAUCCGCGAGCCGCGCCCCACCGAGCAGGAGAAGUGCCUGGUCGCGUGCGUCCUAAAGGGCAUUCAAAUUAUGGACAGCAGCAGCAACAAGCUGAACCUGCGCCGCGUCCAGGAGCUGACCAGCCAGGUCACCGAUAACAACAAACUGGCCGUCACGCUGAGCUGCAGCCUGGCCCAGAGCUGCAAUCGGGCCGUCAGCACCCAAGAGCCAUGCGAGGCGGCACAUCAGCUGAACCAGUGCAUCGGCCGGCAAAUGCUGCGCAACGGGGUCAAGCUGAGCUGGUGACCAGUGUUGCCAACUGCCGCGACAAAAAUGUAGCCAAAAAUUGUUCAAAAAUAGCUGAAUCAGCUUUCUGAGGCACACAUACGUAUGUAUAUCCCAUGUUUAUAAUUAAAUAGGAUUUUCGAAAAAGAAUAUAAUAUAUAUAUAUACGUAUAUAUAUAAUGUAUAUUUCCUAAUUCGCAUAUUCAACUUCAUAUAAGAUAUAUAAAUAUAUAUAUCCU